CAGGAAAAGAGGUUCCGCCUCAACAUGAGAGCAAGGGCUGUCCGACAGAGGAAGACACUCCUCCCUCUGGGAUGGGAGGCAGCAGGGGGGCAUCUGCCCCCGGGAGGGAGGAGGGCUGCCACGGUGCGGCUCCUGAAGGGCAGAAGAAGAGGGAUCCCAAUUCUGGGAUCCUCCCUGCCUUGCCCUCUCUGGAGCCUCCUUGCAGUCAUCCCUAGUGGUUUGGUACUAGCAAAGCCUGGUGGCACUCCCAUCAGCAUGGCGCUCUGCCCUGCCAGAGGCCAAAGUGCUGGCUUAGUCCCCCAGAGCCGUACCUGGGAAACCCCCCUGACUUCAGUCUCUGUUGCUGGGGAAGAAGAACGCAGGCCCUUGUCCUCACACAAAGUGUUGCUUGCCUCCUACAUUCAUCAUGGCUGCUUUCUUCCUUUGAAAAGUGUGGGAUUACACUCCCCAUCGGUGCUGCUUCCAAGGAUCAGGAGCAUGAGAAGCUUUUUAGUGCGGAGACCAAAGCAGUCAGUGCCAAGGGCACCUUCCACACAGUGAAUGGUGAGGCAUCUCCCAAGGAUUGUGAGAAUAGGUCUCCUGGAUGGAGUGAGGCACCUUCUUCUCAAGGAGCCUGGUCUGCAGCACCUUCCCAGAACUCCAUCAAAGGCCACAGAAGUUGCAGUUGGCUUCAGCUCCAAAACCCAAGGAGAGCUGUCACUUUUGUGCUGGCUGGUGGUCAGGGCACCAGAUCCACGCCUGGAGAUAGUGCCCACACCUUAAAGUCCUCUCCUGCAUCCUCUUUUUGACCACUAUAGUCUAAUAUUAGAAUCUUUCUGGCCACCUCCGUUAACAGAGGAAUUGGAUCCUGGCAGACAGGGCUCAGUCUAUUGCUUCAUGCCAUUGGAAAGAAAUAUAGGAAGCCCGGGUGACAACACUGUUAGCAAGGCCAUGGCAAAGGGGCGAAGGAUAAACAGGGUUGCUCAUUUGUUUGGCCAAAGUGGCAGUGACUCCUGUCUUGAGCGGAAGGAAUGGACAGCAGCAGGAGGGCGAGUGGCCAGAGUCCAGGACCUUGGAGUCCGGUCAGGAACCACACACAACUGGAGGCUGUGGGCCUUCCCCAGCAGUAUUGCGUUCAUGCUGCUUCUGUCUGUGUUCUCCUCCUUGCCCAAAGCCAUUAAGUUUUGAUGGGGCGAUACUAACGUGUCAAUAGGUUUGCUGUACCUGAUGGUAUUCUAUCCCGGGGCUUGAUUGUCCUCGCUCCUUAAAUUAUUAAAAGGCUGGCUUCUUAUUUCCAGACUGAACUUGGGACCUUGACUACUUAGGCAUCUGUAUGUCUGUCAAGCCCUUUAGUGUCACAUAGCAUACGUUUUUAUGUGUUUGGGUCGGGUGUGUUGAUAGGAAGAGAGCUUGGCUCUUGGAGGCUGAUUUAGGAGCCUGGAAAGGACCCUGUUUUACUUACAUGGAGUCACUUGUUGGAGGUUUUAAUAUGAAAGUAAGUCCUCCACUAAGCUUGUUGGCAGGUGUGGGUAAGUUGCAGUACAAGUUGCCUUAUGUUGUGCUCAUUUCCCUGGAAGCAGACUCCGCUGAAUCCAGCACAAGAAAGCGUGGCUAGGGUUGCAGCUUCUCCUUGCUUGAGGAUUUCAGAGUCAAAUAAAUCAGCAGCAGAUGGUCCAGCAACGGAGUAUCUCCGGAGAGGUUCCUGGAAAUGAAUCAAGAUCAGGAGCAGCGCUGAGUCCCUUCCUGUGCCCCUGGGGAAGCGGUCCUGGUGCCUUGGGCAGACUCUGCGCUGUUUGGAUUCUCCUCAUCAGCCAUGGCCUUUGAAUCCAGCUUUUCUGUAGCAGGGAAGACUGAUACCUGUACAUGGAUGAGAGGAUUCUUUCUGCUCUCUGUCUCUGCACUGUAAACUUCUCUGUUGCUUACAGCACUUUAGGCAGUAGCAGAAUAACCCUAUCUUUUAGCCUCAAUGAUACUGCAUAACAGCUUUGUUUUUGUAGCAUGGAGCUUGUUCUCUGCACCUUGGCUGAGUGAAAACGCAGGUCUUUCGUCUCAGACAGUGUUGGGGGGUGUGCCCAGGUGCCUCCUCCUCUUCCAGGUGCUCUGAAAAUCUCUUUUAUUUCGGCAGUUUUCUGGUGAUCCUCACUGACUAACUAGAGAAACUGUGCCCAGAUGAGUGCCCUGGGGAGAGUUUGGCAGAGAGUGCUGGGUUGCAAGAAGCCAUCAAGAACCUUGCAGUUUGAGAUUGGUCAGAAGCCCUUUCUCUUGGGCUGAGAAGCCCACAGGCUGGAAGGCAACCCAAGGUGUGAAUGACGGAGGACGUGCCUCCGACUGCACUCAGUGAGAUCUACCUUCGCCUCCUGUGCCAUGAUGACAUAGACACUGUCAAGCAGCUCUGUGGCGACUGGUUCCCAAUCGAGUACCCUGACUCAUGGUACCGAGACAUCACCUCCAACAAGAAGUUUUUUUCCCUGGCUGCCACAUACCGAGGCACGAUUGUGGGGAUGAUAGUAGCUGAGAUCAAGAGCCGGACAAAAGUACACAAAGAGGAUGGUGACAUUUUAGCUUCUGGUUUUCCAGUUGAUACUCAGGUUGCUUAUAUUUUAAGCCUAGGUGUGGUAAAGGAGUUCCGAAAGCAUGGCAUAGGUUCACUCUUACUCGAAAGCUUGAAAGAGCACAUAUCAACAACUGCCCAGGACCACUGCAAAGCCAUCUACCUGCAUGUCCUCACCACUAACAACACAGCAAUAAAUUUCUAUGAAAACAGAGACUUUAAGCAGCACCAUUACCUUCCCUAUUAUUAUUCCAUAAGAGGCGUCCUCAAAGAUGGCUUCACGUACGUUCUGUACAUCAACGGCGGGCACCCUCCGUGGACAAUUUUCGACUAUCUCCAGCACAUCGGCUCGACCUUGGCCAAUCUAAGCCCCUGCACCAUUCCCCAGCGGAUCUACCGCCACGCGCAGAGCAUCCUUUGCAGCCUCUUGCCAUGGUCGGGCAUUUCGGCAAAGAGUGGCAUUGAAUACAGCCGGACCAUGUGAUGCCAAGGCAGGUCCUUCUCACCGUCGCUGCAGCUGCACCACAUUGGGGUGAUGAGACUGGCAAUGGCUCCGCAUGCUGCCAACCUGCCCUGUGAAUCCAGACACUCCCUGUGGACUAGGACGUCUCCUCCCGCUGCGCCACGACUGCCCCACCUCAGCCCUGAACAUGAGAGCAGCCAUCGUCCUCCUGGGCUGUAGGUGAGCGGCUGUCAGUCCCAGGGCCAGCUUUUCCGCAGCCUUGUUUGGGGAGAGCAGCCCUUGACCAGAGGAUGUAUGUUGUGACUGGAGAAUGACUCAGUCCUUGGGGCUGGGAGGCGGUGGGAAGAGGAAAACAGAAUAGCCACGGGCAGUGAGUUCCUUCCCUCCCUUUCAUUCUUCUUUUCUUUCUUGCUCUUCUUUUUUCCUUUGUGUGGAAGUUGGCCUAGGGCCUCCCUCAGCUGCUCUUGUGUUUGUUACUGAGAGGCCAAGGGACUCAGCGCACACACACACAAUGCCCCAUCUUCCGCCCUCCGCCUCUUGUAACAAGGGCCUCCUUUUGCCUACUUUUCUUCUGGAAACAAAGCACCUCAGGCCAGUGGUGCACAGGAAUGAAAUUCUAGUUUCACAGUGAAAUAAGUUUGUUUGUAUGUGUGUGUGAAUGAAUGAAUGAAUGACUAUCCACCAUGUGCAGAUUAUCCUGCCUCUCUUCUGACUAGAACUGCAGAGGGAGAAGUGCUGUGGCGGCCUGGGAGUCUCUGAAUGGUGUUUCUGGUUAUCCUGUGGAAGCUCAGAGGUUCACCCCACCUCAGCCUGGCUAUGUCUUCCAUUGGGAAGUCCUGCUUGUUUUCCUGCCAUCCCCGUGUCCUGAGUUGUAGCCGUCCACCUCCUGUCUAGGCAGUGCAGAGGGGAUGCAUACUGCUCUGCGUGGCAGGAGUUUCCUUUGCCUGGGUGACCAUGAGGAGUCAAGUGAACCCUCUCUUCCUUUGUUUGCCCUUUGUGUUUUGUACAGUCCACUGUGCUGCUCCUCAUUUUCCUCCCAGAACUGCAGUAAAAGGGCGGCCUGCUUCUGCUCAUUUGCCUUCUUCUGAUCAGAGAGGUCAGAGGCAGCCCCUGUCAGGGACAUCAAGAGGAUGCCAGAUAUGCUCCCCCUCUUCCUUCACCAUUGCCCCAUGGAGCACUGGGAGCCCCGAGGCCUUGUGAGCUCAUGGGGCCCUGCAUGACAAAGUUGAGCAAUCCUCUCUCUACCUUCCGGCUGCAGAAACCCCCCUGGAUGCGCUUACCCUUGUCACACAGAUGGCAGACGUUUGAAGAGGUGUCAGGCUUGUAUCCCGUUAGAAGCAGGCAAACCGUAACAUUCUGAGAUUUUAUCGUGGCAGGAAGCUGGCUAUGUCUAGGUAAGGAGGCAAAUAUCUCCUUCUGCCCCAUGACCACUGUCCGGGGGAAGGAGUUGGCCUCCUUGCCCUGAUACUGGGCCACCUCAUUCCCCAUCUCUGAGACUUCCACCUUUCCCUGUUUAAAGAUGCUCUCCCUUCUCAUACUGGAGCAGAAGCCUUGCUUUGUUGUGUGAUGCUGGGAGCAAAGGGGUGGUGAUUCCUACCUUUGUAUGGCUUAGGAAAAAGGGCUCUUGGUGUCCUUAAAAGGAGGGCGGCCAGCAAAGGGGGUAGAUGUUGGCCCCCAGCAGCACCUGCAGCAAGGUGGACCACUGACCCUGUGCCAGGCCUCCCCAUCGUGUCUCUGGCCAGCCCACUUUGCACCUCGGUGGUGCUGAGAGGCGAGGGACAGCAAUUUGCUGGACUCAGGAGGCUGGCUUGUGGGAUGCUCACUGCCUCCUGCACUCUUUGCUUGCCCCAGACACUCAUCCUGGAUGGACUCAGCCAGUGCUCUGAGGGCAUGCUUACCUCAAGUAAAAGUGGGCUCUGAAGGAUUCUGGCCUCUGGGCUUGAGAUAACAGAAGGCUAUGGCAAUAGCAGUCCUUUGCCAGGUGUGCUCUUCCUGCUUGCUUGUGUUUUAUUAAAUCGCAUUUUCCUUUUGCUUGGGGACGUCCCAAGCCAAUACUGUGUGUCUUCCGGUCUUCUUUUGAUGGUUUUGUUCAAUCCGUUUCCUUCUCGUUGCUCUUGUUUUCUUGCCUGUUGCACCCGGACACACGACUCCGAGAAGAGGACAGUGGCUUCAGGAGGGAAGGGGGCAGCCAUCUCUCCCGGGAAGACCCUUGGUGUCAGCCAUGCGCCUGCUGUAUCUACCCUUAUUUAUUGACGAACAACCGUCAGCCAGUCACUUUAAAUGUCUUUGAUUAAAAAGUUUGUUUUGUUUGGAA